CGGCGGAGGGCGGUGAUCUGGGUUCUAGUCCCGCUACUCAGCUGCACCGUGGCGAGAGCCGAGAUUAGAAGGGCGAGGACGCCAUCAACAACCAAAGCGCUGUCUUGCGUUCAUAUUUCCCACUGGCGAUGGCAGGAGAGAAUGUCUGGAAACUGGCCGUCGAGUUUUUCGAGAAAUGGGAGACAAGUAGAUUGCUCGGCCAUGUUUGCGCAAAGUGGAUCAUGCGGAAAAAGAAAGUCAAAAACGUGAAGCCCGGGGUUGCCUACAUCGACAACGAAAAGUUGGGCAGGAAGGAGGUCGUGUACAACGUCCCUGUGGACCCACCAACGAAGAAAGGUAAAAAGGAGAAAGAGGAGGGCGACUGGUUCGUGCAAGUGCCUGAGUCGGACACAUAUUGUUGGAAAGCUAUGGAGUCGCUGACCGACAACGAUAAGUGUCACGUUCUGAAGAGGGUGCUCGCUUGCGAGGUGGUUUGGGUCCAGGCCGGCUCCCCGGCGUCGGCGAAGCUCGGAAAGUUGAGCGUCCAGGAGAUGGUGCAUUUGGUGAAGUGCGACCACGUGCUAGUGCGUUUGUGGAACUACUACCAGUUCAAGCACGACAAGAGGCCGGAUGCAGAUUGGAUCCAGAAGUACCCGUUCUUGAAAACAAGGUCCGCAAUUUUCAAGCAGUUCAAGAGUCAUGGAUUGGAUGCUGAGUUGUGGGACGGCAUCAGGAAAUACGUCACUGACUCCUCGUUGUCCAAUGACUGCCCGCCUUACAUGGGUUGUGACGACAACCAAUCGAUCGAGGCGACGGAGAAGUUGGCCGGUCACAAGAAGCUGUCCGUGGACUGGAGGAAUAAGGUCUUGUCCGUAUUGACUUGCAGUAGACUAAAGAGUCGCGAGAUCGCGCUUGCCGAAGGCAUUGUGCACAUAAAAUGGAAAGACACGGGCGACGUGAAAUCCAUCACGCCGUUCGGCAAUGACCCCUUGGAGGCGGACAUUAGGAGUGCGGAGGUGAAGGAGGCAGUGGCUGCCACAAAGAACCGCACGUUCGUCCUCGAUCUCUGCGAACCGGUAGACCUGAAGCUGUGGAAACCACUCGGGCUCGCGCAUGGAACAACAAGACGGUUCAAGUUGAGUGAGAGGAAGCGGAACAAGAUAUACGACUUCUUAUUCCUGCAAACGCGGCCGAAGAAGGACACUGACAUCGAGUACGUGCGCCGCAAGGACCACAUGUUCACGCUGCUCGAAAACUACCAUGGCACCUCUCGCAUGAACGCGAAGACUUUCCUCGAUAAGUUGCAGUCCCUGUACUUCGUGGAGUCAGAGGAGGAGUUAACGUUCGAGAGUUACUCUUCCUUGAUCUCCACGGAAGACGAGGAGACCACCGUCAUCGAGUUCGACGCGAACGGGAACGAGGAGGGCAGCGACACUGAAAGCCUCGACCUACCGUACUACCCACAUCCCGCGCAGCACGCUACAGGGUCAUCCUUGGCAGGUCCGUCAACAAGCCUGGCAUCCCUCGUGUCACCGAUGGUGAAACCUGCGCCUGGCACUAACCCGAUGAAGUUGGUGGAGAAACUGCAAGCUUUGGCCUCCGGCCAUCGCGCACAACGUCCCGGGUCUAACAUCCCACCCGACCAUCUGUCUUGGAAGGAUGACAACAUUCACUUCCUGCCUGAUCCGCAAAGUCAUUCCCCUGAGGUGGACUGGGGCCAUGACAUGAUUUGGCAUCCACGAGUCAUCCAGCCGGCGAUCCAAAAGGGCGAGUGGAUCAUGGCCGUCGCUGUCGCGGUCGGAGGAUGGAUGCCCUUCCCUCGAGGGCCAAAGUGUAACUUCCUCGACGUCGCUAGAAUUGCGGUCCUUCAAAAAGUAAGGGCCGAGAAUGACUCGUUUGCACGUGACGACGUGUCCGUCAUUUCCACAGCCGAGCGAUUGUUCAACGAGCUUCAGGACAAGUGCUGGUUGGAACUGACGGAGGACUACUACAAUCUCGAUACGACCCCCUCGAAGGGAAGGGUGGACUAAAAAAUCCCCCCUCCCAGUGGGACGCAUAUGAGUUCGGGGGCCCGGGGAUCAGACGGUGGGGAGGACGAGGGCGACAAGGCUGGGGGUGGCAAAGGAGUCCCGCGUGGUUCGGAGGGCGGGUCUCACGGCAACACCACGACAGCGGAAGGCAGCGGUGGGGUGGCGGGGGAGGCCUUCGGUCAUCAGCAGUCUACCGGUACAGGUCCGGAGGGCUCGACACAGUCCGCCGACGUGCCCACUUCAUCCGCCGGCUCGGUGAUGGCAGCCUAAAAUUGGAAUGACAUUUUUUAAGAUGGAAUGAAAAUUUGAAAUUGAG